UAGAGGGGGCCCGGAGAGAUAGGGACGAAAAUGAACGCGGCUACGAAACUGGGGAAUAUGGUUUCGGAGGACGGGAAUCAGGGGCCGGGGGAGCUGCAAAUGGCCCCCUCUAUGAACAGCCAGCAUGACAGCGCCGAGACUGACGACGAGAACGUUAGCUCGGUGUCGCUGUAUCGGCGCAGGCCCCGGCUAUUCCACGGCACGGUUCUACCUUUUUUAGCCGUGCUGUACCCUGGCUGGUUGUACGUGUGGCUCGGAGUGUACGGUACUUCCGAGUACCCAGAGGCAGGCCUACUAGCUCUCGCCGCCAUCGGGAUCGCGCACGUCCUCACAGCGCUCUCUGGUUAUUGGUCCGUGCACGCGCAUUGUUGGCUCACCUGCUCCAAGGUAAAGUGGAGGGAUCAUCUGCGGUUGUUUUGGAAUUAGGUGUUGGAGAUUGUGUGAACUAACACUGUCCAAUUUAAUUCGUGAUCACUCUAGUCAGCAUUAUUUUAUACUCUACACAAGGAUAUUUUCAAAUUAUGUGUAAUAGAUUCGUGUCCCUUAUUCAGAAAGUUUUGACCUGAUUAUAAGGCUGUGUCUGUCAGCUAGAGUAUAUUAAUUGCUCACCUGCUGUGAAUUGAUGUGUAUAAACAGGAGCCAGACCCACACAAGGCCACCCUGGCUAAGGUUAUACCCACCCCCAACAACGGUUCUGCUGAGCUGGUACCACUGCAGAGAGACCGGGUGAGUUUGCCUUAUUCCUCUGGCCUACACCUUGUUUACUUAACCCAGGGUUGUGUUCAAUGGGGAGAAAACGUUUGUAACUGUUACAAAACGUUUUGCUACAGUGUGCCGUGCUGAACAUGACCCAAGUAUACUGGUUGAAACUUGUGGGCAAUGCAUGGUGUCAGAAUGGUCCUCUCUUAACAUCUCUAUUCUAGUCAGUUAUACAGUUUUUUGGAUGGCAAAUGUUUUGUGUGUGUGUUUUAACUCAUAUACUCGCUUGCUCUCUAUCGCACUCUCCUGCGCUCUCCUCAGGAUGAGAAUGGCGAGGGAAUCCUGUCCUUUGAGUUCCAGAAGAUCUGCUACAUCUUCGACAACAAGGAGAGGAAGUGUUUCCUCCCUGUGUCGUUCCCCGUCCGACAGCCAAUGGGCUUCUUCCAGGCCUGGCGAGGCUACCAGGAGGAGACAGACCUGCGUGCUGCCGAGAAGCGCUAUGGGACCAACCGCGCUGAGAUGAUGGUGCCGGACUUCCUGGAACUCUUCAGGGAGAGAGCCACCGCUCCCUUCUUCGUCUUCCAGGUGUGUUUUAGUGUGUGUGUGUGUGCGUGCGUAUUUGAGUGUUGUUUUGUCAAGUAGUAAUAUGACACGUAGUAAAAUAACUCUCUAGUCUCUUUCUUUCACUUUCUAUAUUGAUCUCUUUAGGGGCAUGUGGGGAUAGUUUUGACUCAAUAAUAAUACCCUUUUCACACUAUCUUGCUGACCUGAACCGUACUACACUAGCUUGGAUAUUUUCUUUUCACAUGGUCCUUUCCAGUACCAUUCUAGCAACUAUGGUGGAUGCCGAUGCAUCAACCAGGCCAGCACAGUACCGCUUGGCUCAACAGGUGUAAAGAUGGAUGCUCUCUCUCUCCCCUCCUCAGGUGUUCUGUGUGGGUCUGUGGUGUCUGGAUGAGUACUGGUACUACAGCGUGUUCACUCUCUUCAUGCUGGUGGCCUUCGAAGCCUCUCUGGUACAACAGCAGAUGAGGAAUAUGUCUGAAAUACGACGCAUGGGGAACAAACCCUACAUGAUCCAGGUGAACUACUGUAUCUUUAUCGUAAAUGAUCAUGUCGUUUGAUAAGAUAUUUCAUGAUAUGAUACAUGGACAGGUGCAUGUUCUUCUUACUUAAGUGCAGAUCAACAAAUUAUCACCAGAGCCUUGUUAUUCUAGAGUUGUAGAGAGAAGUCCCUGACUCCCACUAUAGGAUCUGACUCAUUUUCCCAGGGGUUGCCAAGCUUUUUUGGCCUGAGACCCCAUUUUGAUAUCAAACCUUUUUUGCGACCCCCACCAUGUAAAAAAUAAGUGAUGUAAUCAACAGCUAAUGUUAACUUUUUGAUUUGGAGCUAUGGCAAAUCAGUCUGACGGUACUUCAAUCUGAGGGAAGUAUGGUUUGAAGUGACUGAAAUGCAUCAGCCAAUAAUUGUCUGUGUAGAAAAGAACACCAUCAUUGCUUUCAAUGAUGAUGUUCUUCCCCCCCCAGUCUAAUUUGGUGCCUGGUUCUGUCCACUUGGUUCUAAUCAGUCAUGCUUGUGAGCAUUAUAGAGGGAAACCGAAGACACAUACUUGUUCCUGAGAAUCUUAGCUUAGCGUAUAGCUCAUACCGUUCAAAGGUUAGAGCCAUAAUUGUAGGAGUUUUGCGACCUCUAGUUUGGGAAAUGCUGCAUUAACCAAAUUAUCAAUCUGUCCGCGUUGUGUUCAGUAGGGCACACUGUGUAAAAUGUUUUGCAACGGAAAACGAACAUCUUUGUGUGUUCUUAUUAUUGAACAAGUGUAGCUAGUACCUCCUUGUUUUACUCAGUGUCAAAAAAGUUUCCUCCCUACUAAACAGGCCUCUGAUAUUUACAUGUUUGUGCCCAUGUUUCCCGACAGGUUUACCGCAACAGGAAGUGGAGGCCUGUGUCCAGUGAUGAACUAGUCCCCGGGGACAUCGUCUCAAUAGGUAAGGUUCCUGUCUGUUAACCCUUCCCAUUCCAGAGUAUUUCCUCCAUCUAGAACCAGCCUCUUUCUCAAAUCAUCUUUCCUCAAUUUCAUGCAUCUAAUAUCCUCGCCUCCUUUUUAAAAUGCAUUGGAGAAAAAGCGGAGGGACCUUGGACUUUCUCCUCAAAUACUAUUGAGAAGGAGGCGAGGAGAUGAGAUGCAAGGAAUCGUGGAGAGACUGAUUGAGAUAGAACCCCAGCCAGUUUGACACAGUGUGCGUAUGUCUUUGUCUUCCCCCCAGGACACUCACCCCAGGAGAAUUUAGUUCCGUAUUUCCUCUGUCUACAGCCAGUCAAAAUUCAAAUCAAAUCAAGUUUUAUUUGUCACAUGCUUCGUAGACAACAGGUGUAGACUAACAGUGAAAUGGUUACUUAGGGGUACAUUACCAACAAUGCAGAGUUAAAGAUAAGAUACAAAAUUGUAAAAUAUAAAUAGUGACAAGAGGAAGAAAUACAUAGUGAAUAACAAGUAAAAAUAACAUGGCUAUAUAUAGGGAGUAGAAAAUAACAUGGCUAUAUAUAGGGAGUAGAAAGUAAUAUGGCUAUAUACAGGGAGUAUCAGUACCAAGUCGAUGUGCAGGGGUACGAGAUAAUUGAGGUAGCUAUGUACUGUACAUAUAGGUAGGGGUAAAGUGACUAGGCAACAGGAUAGAUAAUAGACAGUAGCAGCAGCGUAUGUGGUGAGUUUGAAAGUGUGUGUGUGGUUGGGGUGUAAGUAUGUGUGAGUGUGUGGGUAGAGUCCAGUGUAAGAGAGUUAGUGCAAAAAAUGGUCAAUGCAGCUAGUCCGGGUAGCCAUUUGAUUGUUUAGAAGUCUUAUGGUUUGGGAGUAGAAGCUGUUCAGGGUCCUGUUGGUUAUAGGCUUGGUGCACUGGUACCGCUUGCUGUGCGGUAGCAGAGAGAACAGUCUAUGGCUGGAGUCUUUGACAAUUUUUAGCGCCUUCCUCUGACACCACCUGGUAUAGAGGUCCUGGAUGGCAAGGAGCUUGGCCCCAGUGAUGUAAUGGGCCGUACGCACUACCCUCUGUAGCGCCUUGCGGUCGGAUGCCAAGUAGUGAUGCAGCCAGACAAGAUGCUCUCGAUGGUGCAGCUGUAGAGCUUUUUGAGGAUCUGAGGGCCCAUGCCAAAUCUUUUCAGCCUCCCAAAGGGGAAAGAGGUGUUGUCGUGCCCUCUUCAUGACUGUGUUGGUGUGUUUGGACCAUGAUAGAUCCUUAGUGAUGUGGACACCGAGGAACUCUCAACCCAUUCUACUGCAGCCCCGUCGAUGUGAAUGGGGGCGUGCUUGGUCCGCCGUUUCCUGUAGUCCACUAUCAGCUCCUUUGUCUUACUGACGUUGAGGGAGAGGUUGUUGUCCUGGCACCACACUGCCAGGUCUCUGACCUCCUCCCUAUAGGCUGUCUCAUCGUCGUCGGUGAUCAGGCAUACCACUGUUGUGUCGUCUGCAAACUUAAUGGGUGAACAGGCAGUACAGGAAGGGACUAAGCACGCACCCCUGAGGGGCCCACGUGUUUAGGGUCAGCGUGGCGGAUGUGUUGUCGCCUACCCUCACCACCUGAGGGCGGACCGUCAGGAAGUCCAAGAUCCAGUUGCAGAGGGAGGUGUUCAGUCCCAGGGACCUUAGCUUAGUGAUGAGCUUCGAGGGUACUAUGGUGUUGAACGCUGAGCUGUUGUCAAUGAACAGCCGUCUCACGUCAGUUUGACACAGUGUACGUCUGUCUUUCUCUUCCCCCCAGGCCGCUCGCCACAGGAGAACUUGGUUCCAUGUGACGUGCUGCUGCUGAGAGGGCGCUGCAUCGUGGACGAGGCAAUGCUGACGGGAGAGUCUGUUCCUCAGAUGAAGGUCAGACAGACGGGAAGCAUGUCCUAUACUAGACUAGAUAACAACCAUGCAAAACAAUGCAGUCUAUCUGGACAAUAUAGAUAACCAUAUUGUUCAAUAAUGGGAAUGUUACUAUAGAUCAUUCAUAGACUUCAUGAGCAUAAAAUAUCAUAGAUGCUUCACAAAUCAUUUAGCAAAAUCAUAUGCUUAGAAAUCAUAGGCUCCAUGAAUCCUUAAAAGUAGUGUUUUUAAUUUGAAGUUCCACCAUGUUGUGUGUUUAGGAACCGGUGGAGGAUCUGGACCCAGAGAGGGUCCUGGACCUGCAGGGUGAUGCCCGCCUCCACAUCAUCUCUGGUGGGACCAAGGUGGUGCAGCACAGCCCCCCGCUCCGCGCCACUGUAGGACUCAAACGUCAGUUACUACCUACUAUGCAGUAUAGGGUUGGGAAGAUAUAUGAUUAAAUUGAAUAUCGUGAUAUUUAACAUUGACGAUAUAUCGUGAUGUGCAUGACGAUAUAUCGUGAUGUGCAAGACUAUACUCUAUUUUAAAUGUACAAAUCAAAACUGCAGUUUUAUCAGUUAGGCUGUGUCAAUAUGUUGAAAAUUAUGUCUAAAUGAAUUAACUAAGCCUUAUUUUUGUACCACAUUAAGAUUAUUUAAUGAGAAUGCGACUAUAAUAUUGUAAAUAAGCACAAACAUUUCACGGUCUGGAAACAUUUAGUCAUUAAUGGCGCAAAACGAUUAUAUUGGAUAACGCAAUAUUUGGAGCAGCAUAUCGUAGAAGAGGUCUACCCAAAUAUCGCCCAACCCUAAUGCAGUAUGUUAUUCACUUGUCAUAAGGCAAAAAUGUCCUGCAUUGUUUUUGCACUUUGAGAUUAAACAAUUAUAAUUAGAAAGCACUUUCAAAAUGUAUAUUUUCUUAUCAAUCUUUUUAAAAAAUCUAUAUUUUAGAUCAAUUUUGUUUCAACAGUUAUCUCCCUCGGCCUCAGAAUAGAUGGAUUGAAUCUGCCCUCAGUGAUUGUAUCUAGCUUGUCUCACUAAGAGCAAAUCAUAAUAGUUAGAUUUCUUCGUUUUCAUUUUUUCUGCAGCUGUGGACAAUGGCUGUGUGGCUUAUGUGUUGAGAACCGGAUUCUAUACCUCUCAGGUGAGGGGCUGCUGCUCUUGACUACCUGAACUUGUCCAAUAAGAACAGCUUAUUUUCAUUUUCUGUUGCAAAAUGUUUUUCUACGGUGUUCAGUAAUGAAUACAACCCUAGUGUUGUUGACCACGCCUAUCUACAGGGUAAACUGCUGAGGACCAUCCUGUUUGGAGUGAAGAGGGUGACAGCCAACAACUUGGAAACAUUCAUCUUCAUCCUCUUCCUCCUGGUGUUCGCCAUCGCUGCUGCUGGCUAUGUGUGGGUGGAAGGUGAGAGAUGCAGUGAACAGUACAAUGAAUCAAUCAAUCAAUGUCUUUAUAAAGCCCCCAGCCGUUUACAUAACAGUCUAAAACCCCAUGGAAUCAAGGUGUCUUUUAUACUGAUAACAAGUUCAAACAGUGCAUAAUACAGGUACGAGUGGAGACAGAGGAGCUCUUAAAGAAGAAGUUACAGGUCUGUGAGAGCCAGAAAUCUUGCUUGUUUGUAGGUGACCAAAUACUUAUUUUCCACCAUAAUUUGCAAAUAAAUUCAUAAAAAAUCCUACAAUGUGAUUUUCUGGAUUCUUUUCACUCAUUUUGUCUGUCAUAGUUGACGUGUACCUAUGAUGAAAAUUACAGGCCUCUUUCAUCUUUUUAAGUGGGAGAACUUGCACAAUUGGUGGCUGACUAAAUACUUUUUUCCCCCACUGUAUAGGGAGUAUCAGUACCAUGUCGAUGUGCAGGGGUACGAGGUAAUUGAGGUAGCUAUGUACUGUACAUAUAGGUAGGGGUAAAGUGAGUAGGCAACAGGAUAGAUAAUAGACAGUAGCAGCAGCGUAUAUGGUGAGUUUGAAAGUGUGUGUGUUGUGUGAGUGUGUGGGUAGAGUCCAGUGCAAGAGAGUUAGUGCAAAAAAGGGUCAAUGCAGGUAGUCCGGGUAGCCAUUUGAUUUUUUAGAAGUCUUAUGGUUUGGGAGUAGAAGCUGUUGAGGGUCCUAUUGGUUAUAGGCUUCGUGCAUUGCUACUGCUUGCUGUGCAGUAGCAGAGAGAACAGUCUAUGGAAUUUUAAUAAAAAAUUUUGGGCCUUCCUCUGACACCACCUGGUAUAGAGGUCCUGGAUGGCAAGAAGCUAUGCCCCAGUGAUGUAAUGGGCCGUACGCACUACCCUCUGUAGCGCCUUGCGGUCGGAUGCCAAGUAGUGAUGCAGCCAGUCAAAAUGCUCUCUGGUGCAGCUGUAGAGCUUUUUGAGGAUCUGAGGGCCCAUGCCAAAUCUUUUCAGCCUCCUAAAGGGGAAAGAGGCGUUGUCGUUCCCUCUUCAUGACUGUGUUGGUGUGUUUGGACCAUGAUAGAUCCUUAGUGAUGUGGACACAGAGGAACUCUCGACCCACUCUACUGCAGCCCCGUCGAUGUGAAGGGGGGUGUGCUUGGCCCUCCGUUUCCUGUAGUCCACGAUCAGCUCCUUUGUCUUACUGAUGUUGAGGGAGACGUUGAGGGAGAGGUUGUUGUCCUGGCACCACACUGCCAGGUCUCUGACCUCCUCCCUAUAGGCUGUCUCAUCGUCGUCGGUGAUCAGGCAUACCACCGUUGUGUCGUUGGCAAACUUAAUGGGUGAACAGGCAGUACAGGAAGGGACUAAGCACGCACCCCUGAGGGGCCCACGUUUUGAGGGUCAGCGUGGCGGAUGUGUUGUCGCCUACCCUCACCACCUGUGGGUGGCCCGUCAGGAAGUCCAGGAUCCAGUUGCAGAGGGAGGUGUUCAGUCCCAGGGACCUUAGCUUAGUGAUGAGCUUCGAGGGUACUAUGGUGUUGAACGCUGAGCUGUUGUCAGUGAAAAGCCGUCUCACGUCAGUUUGACACAGUGUACGUCUGUCUUUCUCUUCCCCCCCAGGCCGCUCGCCCCAGGAGAACUUGGUUCCAUGUGACGUGCUGCUGCUGAGAGGGCGCUGCAUCGUGGACGAGGCAAUGCUGACGGGAGAGUCUGUUCCUCAGAUGAAGGUCAGACAGACGGGAAGCAUGUCCUAUACUAGACUAGAUAGACUGCAUUGUUUUGCAUGGUUGUUAUCUGAACAAUAUAGAUUGUUAAACAAUGGGAAUGUUACUAUAGAUCAUUCAUAGACUUCAUGAGCAUAGAAUAUCAUAGAUGCUUCACAAAUCAUUUAUCAAAAUCAUAUGCUUAGAAAUCAUAGGCUCCAUCAAUCCUUAAAAGUAGUGUUUUUAAUUUGAAGUUCCACCAUGUUGUGUGUUUAGGAACCGGUGGAGGAUCUGGACCCAGAGAGGGUCCUGGACCUGCAUGGUGAUGCCCGCCUCCACAUCAUCUCUGGUGGGACCAAGGUGGUGCAGCACAGCCCCCCGCUCCGCGCCACUGUAGGACUCAAACGUCAGUUACUACCUACUAUGCAGUAUAGGCUUGGGCAGAUAUAUAAAUUAAGUCGAAUAUCGGGAUAUUUAACAUUGACAAUAUAUUGUGAUGUGCAAGACGAUAUGUCGUGAUGUGCAAGACUAUACUCUAUUUGAAAUGUACAAAUCAAAACUGCAGUUAAAUCAGUUAGGCUGUAUCAAUAUGUGGAAAAUGAUGUUUAAAUGAAUUAACUAAGCCUUAUUUUUUUUACCACAUUAAGAUUAUUUAAUGAGAAUGCGACUAUAAUAUUGUAAAUAAGCACAAACAUUUCACAGUCUGGAAACAUUUAGUCAUUAAUGGCGCAAAACGAUUAUAUCGGAUAACACGAUAUUUGAAGCAGCAUAUCGUAGAAGAGGUCUACCCAAAUAUCGCCCAACCCUAAUGCAGUAUAUUAUUAACUUGUCAUAAGGCAGAAAUGUCCAGCGUUGUUGUUCACUUUGAGAUGAACAAUUAUAGUUAGAAAGCACUUUCAAAAUCUAUAUUUUCUUAUCAAUAUUUUUAAAAAAAUCCAUAUUUUAGAUCAAUUUUGUUUCAACAGUUAUCUCCCUCGGCCUCAGAAUAGAUGGAUUGAAUCUGCCCUCAGUGAUUGUAUCUAUCUUGUCUCACUAAGAGCAAAUCAUAAUAGUUAGAUUUCUUCUUUUUCAUUUUUUCUCCAGCUGUGGACAAUGGCUGUGUGGCUUAUGUGUUGAGAACCGGAUUCUAUACAUCUCAGGUGAGGGGCUGCUACUCUUGACUACCUGAACUUGUCCAAUAAGAACCGCUUGUUUUCAUUUUCUGUUGCAAAAUGUUUUUCUACGGUGUUCAGUAAUGAAUACAACCCUGGUGUUGUUGACCACGCCUGUCUACAGGGUAAACUGCUGAGGACCAUCCUGUUUGGAGUGAAGAGGGUGACAGCCAACAACUUGGAAACAUUCAUCUUCAUCCUCUUCCUCCUGGUGUUCGCCAUUGCUGCUGCUGGCUAUGUGUGGGUGGAAGGUGAGAGAUGCAGUGAACAAUACAAUGAAAUCAAUCAAUCAAAUGUCUUUUAUAAAGCCCUUUUUAGGUCAGCAGUUGUCACAAAGUUCUUCACAGAUACCCAGUCUAAAACCCCAUGGGACAAGCAAUGCAGAGGCAGAAGCACAGUUGGUCCUACUUAGAGCAUUUCUCCACUAUACAGUUUGUUUAUAUCUUGGCUGCAGUUUAUUAGCCAAGACAGAAUUUUGGGAAAUAUUAUUUUACUCACUAAGACAUUUAUGAACAUUUUGACAGUCUUGACGCAAAUUCCUCCUUUAUAAAAUGUAAGAAAACAAGUUGUUGAAAUAGGCCCUGAGGUUCGCAGAUUUUUCAUGACUACAUACAGUAUAACUGUAUAUUAUUAUUAUGAAUAAUAAUAAUAACAAUAUGCCAUUUAGCAGAUGCUUUUAUUCAAAGCAAUUUACAGGCAUGUGUGCAUACAUUUUUAAAAUGAACAUACUGCAUAGCUCUCUCUGUGUGUGUAACUACUGCUUAUAGUUAGUUGUGUGUGCUCUCCCCUGUAGGGACUAAGGACCCGAGCAGGAACCGGUAUAAGUUGUUCCUGGAGUGUACUCUCAUCCUGACCUCCGUGGUUCCACCUGAACUCCCUAUAGAAUUGUCUCUGGCAGUCAACACAUCCCUCAUCGCUCUGGCCAAGCUCUGUGAGUCAACAGAGUGUGUGUGUAUGGGGGGCGGGGGGGGGGGGGGGGGUAUUUGGAUGUAUGUGUUCUGAAACUGUCAUAGUAAUAUGUUAUUAGUACUUAAUGGUGCUAGUCCUCCUCACUGUUCUGCUAUUUGACUCAUCCCUUUCUUGCUUCUCCCUUUCAUAGAUGUGUUCUGCACUGAGCCCUUCAGGAUCCCGUUUGCAGGCAAGGUGGAGGUGUGCUGCUUUGACAAGACGGGCACCUUGACCAGCGACCAUCUGGUGGUGCGGGGGGUCGCAGGCCUCAGGUACACUCUCUUUUAGAUUUUUCAGUAUGAUACAUUUCUUUGUUGCAAUUUGUCCACAGACUGACUGGCCCUGAUGAUAUUAAGACGUUUUAAAGGCUUCAUAACGGCAUCAUAAUGCAUUGUAAUGGUCUGGGUUAAGCAAAGUGUCCACCAAUGCCCUUAUGUACUGGUAUCAUACUGUGAAUAUUGUCAUAUUGAGGAGUGACACUUAAAGAGCAACUGACAUGUUUUUAGCAGUAUUUAAUCGUAUUAAAAUCUUUGGAAGAAUAUGAAGCAAGUUUUUACAUUGUUUUGUAAACGUUUUCUAAACUCCUCCAGAGAAGGGAAAGAAGUGAUGCCUGUGUCAGAGAUCCCAGUGGAAACGCAUCGGGUGGUUGCUACUUGUCACUCACUGGUUACCCUUGACGACGGACAGCUGGUAGGCGACCCCCUGGAGAAGGCCAUGCUCACUGCUGCUGACUGGACCCUCACUAAAGGUAGUGUGUGUGUACACCUCAGGCUUUUUGCUCUGUGUCCUCCUUUGUACACCAGAAGUGAAAGUGUGUGUGUGUGUCCAUGUUUUUACAUCAUGUCUACCCUCCUGACCAUACUUCUGCCCCUCUCUCUGUGUGGUGUAGAUGAAAAGGUGUUUGCUCGGGGUAUAAAGACCCCAGGCCUGAAGAUCCACCAGCGGUUCCACUUUGCCAGUGCUCUGAAGAGGAUGUCCGUCCUGGCCUCCUAUGAGAAACUGGGCUCCACUGACCUCUGCUAUGUCUCCACUGUCAAAGGAGCGCCAGAGACACUCAGGGACAUGGUAAAUAUCAUAUAAUUAAAUAGAACACUGACAUUUAAUGUAUAAUUUAAUAUAUCUUUAUGGUCAAUAUAAUGCACGUCUACUGUACUACACUUCACAUACAAGUACACUAUCUCAGUGUUGAGUAGAUACGUCAUUGCUGCAGUUGUAACCUGCUUAUUACACUUUCUUUGUGUCAAUACCAUUGUUCGAACCAUUUGUUUGUUUCUGUAGUUCUCAGAGUGCCCAGCCAGCUAUGACCAGGUACACAGGGAGAUGACCCGAGAAGGGGCCAGGGUUCUGGCCUUGGGCUACAAAGAGAUCGGACACCUCAGCCACCAACAGGUAACUCCACCUGUCCUGUCUAACUCUCCUACCUGUCCUGUCUAACUCAGGGCUUCUCAAACUUUUUGUGGCCGGGGAACCCUUUUGUGAUAGCAAAUUCAUCAGGGACCCCCUCAUAAUCAGAACACAACUCGAGUGAGAUAAUGGCGUACAAGGAGUUUUACUAUGACUUCUGCAGUGCAUGGCUGGACGAACCAAGUCUCGGGCCCUGGAAGGCCCACCUGUUGGCAUCGGAGAAAAACAUUUUGUUUUCAAGCAAAUUUCCUGCAAUUCUAAACAUUUUGUCAUGUGGCAGAGAUAAUUUUUGUUGUUGCAGUUUUAAAGCUAAUAUCCUGCAACUCUACACAUUUUUCCAUGGGGCAGAGUGAAAACGUAGCCAUUUUAAAGCUUACAUGACAGUGCACUUAUGUAAAAAGUAAAUGAAAACAUUUUUGGGGAAUAAAAUAAGUAUUGAGUUGAGAAAUUGAUAAUUAGUGGAGUACUGUGGAUCCCAAUAUCCCUGUUAGCCAAAAAACAUUCAGUCACUGGCAGUCCUGUGGUCGAAAACAGCUAAUUGAUGAGAGAGGUCGAAGGAGAAUGGCAAGAAUCGUGCAAGCUAACAGGCGGGCCACAAACAGACAAAUAGCUGCGCAGUAAAAUAGUGGUGUCUUGGAACGCACAACUUGUUGAUCCUUGUCACGGAUGGGCUAUUGCAGCAGAUGACCCCCGGGUUCCACUUCUAUCAGCUAAAAACAAGAAGAAGCGGCUCCAGUGGGCACGCCAUCACCAACACAGGACAAUUGAGGAGUGGUAAAACAUUGCCUGGUCCGACGAAUCCCGGUUCCUGUUGCGUCAUGCUGAUGGCAGAGUCAGGAUUUGGCGUAAGCAGCAUGAAUCCAUGGCCCCAACCUGGCUGGUGUCAACGGUACAGGCUGGUGGUGUAAGGGUAUGGGGAAUGUUUUCCUGGCACACAUUAGGUCCCUUGAUACUAAUUGAGCAACAUUUCCAUUCCCAAAAGAAUUCAGGCUGUUCUGGAGCCAAAGGGGGGUCUGACCCGGUACUAGAUGGGUGUACCUAAUAAACUGUCCUGCCUAACUCGCCUACCUGUCCUGCCCUGUCCUGUCUAACUCCCCUAUCUGUCCAGUCUAACUCCCCUAUCUGUCCUGUCCUGCUCUGUGUGAGGGGAUGAGUUUCCCGAAAGCCUCGUAGUUAACGUGGCACACUAUUUCAAUACUCUCAACAACCCAGCUGCACAGCUGAGAGAGAGAGUGGCGUAGUUCUGGGUUGUCGAGAUUAACCUCACCCAAGCGGUUAGCUGACAGGGUCUUGCUUUGUGGCUCUCUGUGCAGGUGCGGGAGGUGACUCGUGAUGCUCUGGAGUGUGACCUGCAGUUCGCCGGCUUCAUGGUCGUCUCGUGUCCUCUGAAGACCGACAGCAAGGCUGUCAUCAAAGAGAUCCAGGAGGCAUCGCAUCACGUGAGGAGGCUGUCUCAGAAUACACACGCUCACUCACACACAUUCACAGACUCACUCGCAGGAAAAGACACACACACACACCGGUAUUGAUAAGGAUUCUGUUCAGAUUACAAUUACUACAAUAAUAUCAGGCACAUCCAUGCACGCGCUCACUCACAACCCUCCUCUCCUCCAUCUCUCCCUCAGGUGGUGAUGAUAACAGGUGACAACCCUCUUACCGCGUGCCAUGUGGCCAGAGAGCUCCACUUCAUCCAGAAGGAACACACACUCAUACUGCAGGCCAGACCCAACCAGGGUAGGGCACACUAAGAGACAAGUUACGCUUGAUCCGAAAACCGUCCUGUAGGUUUUCGCUCCAACCCUAAUUUAGUGCACCUGAUUCUAAUCAUUAGCUGGUUGAUAAGUUGAAUCAGGUUAGUUACAGCUGGGGUUGGAGCGAAAAUAUACAUGAUGGUAGCUCUCCGCGAACGUUGUUGGAGAGCUCUAUAUUAGACUAAUCUACAGACUAAUGCAUUGAUGAUAUAGCCAUAUGAUUGUUGUACUGAAGGGAUCUAUAGUGGACAGUGCAUGUGUUGCAGACCUGGGUCAAAUGCAUAUUAUACUUGAGCUGCGCUUGAUCUACUUUGCCCCAGUACAAUGGAAUUAUAUGCAAACCAAAUCAAGCGCACCUUAAGUACUUCAGACUAUUUGACAUAAUAUGUAUGUAUUUAACCUCAGGUGUAGUGUGUCGCUGUUUUAAGAAUGCACUAUAAUACGGUCACUUGUGCCGUUGUUCCUUCCAGGUGAGUGGCAGUGGGAGUCUAUAGACGGCAGUGUGUGUGUUCCGCUGCCCCCGCCAUCCGUCCCCUCAUUGGUCGAUCAGUAUGAUCUGUGUGUGACGGGGGAGGGGCUAACCAGAUUGACCUGUGACACGCGGUUGCUCCACGCCCUCCUGCCCCAUGUCCGGGUGUUCGCACGGGUCAGCCCUAAACAGAAGGUCAGUCUUCUUGCCUCCUUAUAGACAUUAGCUGUGUCAGAAAAGGCACCCUAUUAUUUUUCUAGUGCACGACUUUUGACCAGGAACCAUAGAGAAUAAAUAGGGUGCCAUUUCAGACACAGUCACUGAAUUCUAUUUUCGUGUCAAAGUUUUGUUUGAUUUGAUUACUUUUCAAUUCCAAUUGUCCAUAUUUUCCUAGAUUUUUGGUGUUGUAAUGAAUGAAUGAAUGUAUUAGAUAAUUAAAAAUAGGCUACACAUACACUGAGUGUACAAAACAUUAUGAACACCUGCUCUUUCCAUGACAGACUGACCAGGUGAAUCCAGGUGAAAGCUUUGAUCCCUUAUUGAUGUCACUUGUUAAAUCCACUUCAAUCAGUGUAGAUGAAGGGGAGGAGGCAGGUUAAAUAAAUAUUUUUCAGCCUUGAGACAAUUGAGACAUGGAUUGUGUAUGUGUGCCAUUCAGAGGGUGAAUGGGCAAGACAAAAUAUUUAAGUGCCUUUGAACGGGGUAUGGUACUAGGUGCCAGGGGCACUGGUUUGUGUCAAGAACUGCAACGCUGCUGGGUUUUUCACGCUCAAGUAUACCAAGAAUGGUCCACCAACCAAAGGACAUCCAGCCAACUUGUCAUAACUGUGGGAAGCACUGGAGUCAACAUGGGCCAGCAACCCUGUGGAGUGCUUUCGACACCUUGUAGAGUCCAUGCCCUGACGAAUUGAGGCUUUUCUGAGGGCAAAAGGGGGGGUGCAACUCAAUAUUAGGAAGACGUUCUUAGUGUUUUGCACACUCUGUGUACAACCAACUCACUGAAGAACUGACGGUACAUUUUGAGGCUAGUUUUAUUCGGUGUCAUUUUGUACUAACUGUGGGUAUUGUUAUUGUGUUGCAGGAGUUUGUAAUCACUAGUCUAAAAGGAUUGGGCUAUACAACAUUGAUGUGCGGAGACGGGACCAAUGAUGUCGGAGCACUCAAACACGCCCACAUCGGUGAGGUCACUCGAAGCUGUGCACAAUAUUCAGCAACGUUAACGCACACAACUGUCUUAGACCAUGAUACCUUCAAUUCAACUUUUUGUGUCAGUAGGGACAUUUAUUCCAUCCUCUUAUCAUAAACAAUGUUGCUAUGUGGAAGUCAUUUUGUGACCAUUCUCUCUCUCCCCUCCCUCUCCCUCUCCCCCCUUCCCUCCAUAAGGUGUGGCUCUGUUGGCCAACGCCCCAGAGCGGAUGCCUGAAAGGAGGAAGAGGGGCAAAGAGAAGGAGGCCCCAGCAGCAGACUCCAGACCCUCCCUACCUCCGGUCACCAGCUCAGGGGUCAAACUGACCUCCAGGGCAGCCAGGCAGAGGGUCAUGGCCCAGAGAGAGGAACAGCUAGCCGCACAGAAGGUGGUGUGUGUGUGUGUGUUGGGGUGUGGGGGGGUAGGGAGGGUGCGUGUUGUUAACCAUUUGAUGUUUCUUUUGUUGUAGGAGAGGAUCAGUCAAGUAUUAAAGGAGCUGGAAGAAGAUCAGAUACAAGUAGUGAAGCUGGGAGACGCCUCCAUUGCUGCCCCCUUCACCUCCAAAUUGUCCUCCAUUCAGUGCAGUGAGUAACACACACAUAAUCAACACAAAAUGUGUGUUUUUGUUUACACCCACACUGUAUACAAACACAAAUGAACACACACGCCUGCAAUCUCUCUCUCUCCCUUUUUCUCUUUCUCUCUCUCUCUCUGAUUAUCAUCUCCUCAUAAUCUCUCCUCCUCCCCAGUCUGCCACGUGAUAAAGCAGGGCCGCUGUACGCUGGUGACCACACUACAGAUGUUUAAGAUCCUGGCGUUGAACGCCCUGGUGCUGGCCUACAGCCAGUCAGUCCUCUACCUGGAGGGGGUCAAGUUCAGUGACUUCCAGGCCACCCUACAGGGCCUGCUAUUGGCCGGCUGUUUCCUCUUCAUCUCCAGGUCAAAGGUGAGAGGUCACGUGGAGGGAAAAACACGGUAGUGCUUUCUCUUGAUCGUUUUUCCUCCUUCAAUCCCUUGUGUCCUCUCCUCCCUGCCUCCUCAAAACGUCAGAGGGAAGCGUUUAUUUUUCUUGAAUCCUCUCCUCACUUCCCGCAUAAUUUUUUUUAGGAGGAAAGGACAUAAGGAAUCGAGGAAAGAGUAAAGAGUAUUGAGAAAGAACCAGUGUGUACUUACUACAUGCAUGUAGUUGUGAUCGGUAGGAAACUAUAUUAUUAUGUAACCCUAGUGUUUAUACUCCUGAGUGGCGCAGUGGUCUAAGGCACUGCAUCGCAGUGCUAACUGUGCCACUAGAGAUCCUGGUUCGAAUCCAGGCUCUGUCGCAGCCGGCCGCGACCGGGAGACUCAUGGGCGGCGCACAAUUGGCCCAGCGUCGUCCAGGGUAGGGGAGGGAAUGGCCGGCAGGGAUGUAGCUCAGUUGAUAGAGCAUGGCGUUUGCAACGCCAGGGUUGUGGGUUCGCUUCCCACGGGGGGCCAGUAUAAAAAAUAAAAAAUAAAAAUAAAAAAAUUUAAUCACUAACUGUAAGUCGCUCUGGAUAAGAGCGUCUGCUAAAUGACUAAAAAUGUAAAUGCUAACAGGUGUAAUUUCAAGUCUUUAACUCAAUUUAGGGUGUUUUCACAUUAAAUUCAGUGUCCUGGUCUGUUUUCCUGGAGCGUUUGUGAGAAUUUUACAAAAAUACAUUUUGCUUUCACAAGACUUGGAAAAUAACCGUUUCAGGGUGCGAUUAGCAAGACGCACAUUCUACAUGACAUUAGCAAGCUAGCUUGUUGACAACGGGCAAAAUGUUCCACGCGACUCGCGUGGUACUCUGGUCCUGGAUCUUGGACCCGCUACAAACGCAGGUCCAGGAUACGUUUUAGCCAUGGGUUCAUUUCUGUUUCACACAUGCUUUAUAGCGCGGAUCAGGGCACCAAAGGCUCCAGGAACUGGAUCAUACAGGGGAUAUGUGAAAUAUGCCCUUUUAAGUUGUCGUCCUCUUUUCUCUUGUCCUGUCCAGCCCCUGAAGACUCUGUCUAAAGAGCGGCCCUUACCAAACAUAUUCAACCUGUACACUGUUCUGACAGUGCUGCUGCAGUUUGCUGUUCACUUCUGUAGUCUGGUAUACCUGUACAAAGGAGCGCAGAGCAGAAGUCCUCCAAGGUACACACCCAUGCAUACACACGUGCUCACACACACACACUAUAGAUACCUACAGACUUGUUGAUACUGUAUUUGCGUCCACACAGUACUAACCGUACAUUAUUGACAGUGUCUGUUUCCAACCAGUCUGAGUAUCCCAUAAUCCUCUGUGUCUGUUGUCCUUUAUCUUUUAGGGCGGAGCGGUUUGCGGACCUGUACAAAGAGUUUGAGCCCAGUCUCAUCAACAGCACUGUGUACAUAAUGUCUAUGGCCAUGCAGAUGGCUACCUUUGCCAUUAACUACAAGGUACUGCUCUUCCUCCUCCAUAUCUUAGGUUUAAUGAAGCCUUCAUGAUCCCUUUACAAGGCCUUUCUUUGCAUAUAAAAUAUUUGUGAGGCUUCUAUGUAGGCCUUAUGAAUGCUUCGUUAAGCCUAUAUAAGGGAUACCUAAUUUAAAAUGUGGCCCAUUUUCUAUACAAUGGAUAGACUCUUCAGUACUUAUCCUAACCGUCAUUGAAUAAUACACGUGUAUUCCACUAAUGCUGUGUGUUUUUCUAGGGUCAUCCUUUCAUGGAGUCUCUGAGUGAGAACAGACCGCUGCUGUGGAGUAUUGCCCUGUCAGGUCUGGCCAUCGUGGGCCUUCUCUCAGGAUCCUCGCCGGAAUUCAACGAGCAGUUUGCUCUUGUAGAUAUACCAACAGAGGUCAGCAUAUAUUAUACAGACGUCGGAUCUUAAUUUGAUCACUCUUUUGUCCAGGAAAAAUGUCCUGUUCAUUAGGAAAUAAAAAUGAGCCUCUUGAUUUAUAGUAAUUUAGUUAUGUUCACUGAAAAGCCGCAGUUCUCUGUUUCUCCAUACGGGGGCAUUCGAGUCAUUCGGACCAGUGGGGCUAUAUUUGUCGAUAUUCUGUAGGCUACCCGUUAGCCUAUCCAUUGUCAUAUAAUGAAAGGUGUGAAAAACGGUAAUAGGCUACUGUUUGUUUUUCCCUAAUGAAAAAUACAUCUGCCCCCUACAAAUAUGUAAAUGUAUUAUAAUCCACAUAAGAAUUCUUACGAUACGUGUUGUAGCCUGCGUAUAGCCUGCAUAGGCUACUUGAACUGGCACCCAGUGAACCUGCAGUCUAAGGUACAUUGUAGGUACGCUAUUGCAUUGUAUACAAACACCGCUUCCAGCUGCCCCCUGGUGGUGAUUCUAAAUAUUUCUUCAAAUGUUCAAAUCAUCCUGCUGCAGGAUUAUUAUCCUCCUGCAACGAAACGGGUCAAAUUAAGAUCCAACAUCUGUACUUUAACACACAUUUUGUGUGAUUGUUUUGAUGUAACUCUUUAUAACUUGUUAUAAGCAUGUAUUAACCUUUAUAAUGAGUUAACAAAGUUUAUAAUAAUAUGUUUUGAAGUUCUCCAUUUAAGUGCGUUUUAGUCCAGGACUAGGCUUAACUGGUGCAAAAGGACAUAUCAAUUAUUAUAACUUCUUAUGUUUUUUCUCCCCUGCAGUUCAAGCUAGUCAUCGCCCAGGUCCUGGUGGUUGACUUUGUCGCUGCCCUGCUGGUCGACCGCGUUCUGCAGUUCCUGCUGGGCAAAGGCACCCUGAGGCUGCCUUCCUGA